AACCCACUCAGGGAGGGAAACUACGUCAAGAGCCUAUGGUGCAUUAUCAUCGGUGAUGAGGUGCUGAACGGCAAGACAAAGGAAAGCAACUCCAACUUCUUUGCGAAGCUGUGCUUCAAUUAUGGUAUAGAGCUGAAGAGGAUUGAAGUCAUUGCCGCUGACGAAGACCAAAUCGUACAAGCCCCAAAACGAAUGCCGGGUAAUUACGAUUUUGUCAUUUUCUCCGGAGAGAUUGGACCAACGCCUGAUGAUAUUAAGGACAUUGCCAGUCCUGCCUUUUCUCCAGUCAUCUGA